AUGUCUAAUGUAUUAGACAAGACUAAUCUUCAUGAGCUCUCGAUUGCUCCAAAAAUUUCCACUCAUGAUGAGAAGCUUUACGAAUGUACUAAAUGCGGUAUCUUCUUCCACAGGGAUUCCGUCGAGUCCGCAACAGAGAUUAACCCUCACGAAAACCUAGGAGAGGUAAGAGCGGUUGAAGACAAACCCAACAAUGAAUCUAUCAAGGUAGACGAAAGAGGAACAUGCAACUUUCAUUUCAUAGAUGAACAUCAUGGUAAGGUUGAUGGUAUAAACACAGAAUAUGAUGCGUCCAAGUUCAAACAGAUUCUGGAAAAUUACAGCAAGCUAACAGAACCUAAUCAACUUUUCGAGUGUCUCCCAAGCAAUCUUCGGCCACCGUCAGACGAUGAAGGUAGUGACGGAAAGAGCCAUGAUCCACAAUCAAAUGGCUUAGGAAAAACUGAUUAUACGGUCCCAACAAUCAUCCCACCAACGGUUUUGCCUGUGCUUCAUGAUUUAGCCCAACAGAUGGUUAAAGCUGGUCAUCAGCAAGAACUUUUCAAAACUUACAGGGAUAUUCGUAGGGCAGUGUUGGCGCAGAGCCUUGAGAAAUUAGGUGUAGAGAGACAUAGCAAAUAUGAUGUUGAGAGAAUGAAUCAGGACGUCUUCGAGGCCAAGAUUAUGAAUUGGAUCCAUUACAUUCGAAUAUCUGUGAAACUGUUAUUUGCUGCGGAGAAGGAAAUCUGCCACCAAAUACUUGAUGGUGUUGAGCCAUUUAGAGAUCAAUCUUUUGCUGAAAUCACUACUAUUAGUUUUGGUAUGCUUCUUAGUUUCGGAUAUGCUAUCGCUAUCAGCAGGAGAUCGCCGGAAAAAGUGUUUGUUAUCUUAGAUAUGUAUGAGAUAAUGAUAGAGCUUCAACCAGAGUUUGAGUUGAUCUUUGGAAGCAAACCUUGUACUGAGAUGAAAGAAGAUGCACUGAAUCUGACAAAGCUAUUAGCUCAAACUGUGAAAGAAACUAUUGCUGAUUUCGAAGUUGCUAUUGAAAUGGAUGCGACUGAAACCGUUGUUAUGGAUGGAUCCGUACAUGCGCUAACUAGCUACGUUGCAAGAUACGUCAAGUUCUUGUUCGAUUACGAACCGACGUUGAGGCAACUUUUUCAAGAGUUUAAUAGUAAUGAUCCUGAUACCAAGCUUAAAUCCGUGAUGACGGGUAUCAUGAGGGCUUUAAGGAACAAUCUGGAUGGUAAAUCUAGACAGUUCGAAGAUGCAGCAUUAACUCAACUAUUCUUAAUGAAUAAUGUGUAUUACAUUGUAAGAAAUUUCAGAAGGGAAGAAGCAAAGAAUUUUUUGGGUGAUGAUUUGGUUCAAACACAUAGAAGAAUCGUACAACAACACGCAAAACAGUACCAGACAAUUUCCUGGAAUAAGAUUUUACAGUGUAUCACGGUUCAGUCGAGUAAGAGCGGUCUGAUAAAGAAUGAAAGUAUAAAAAAAACUUUAGUAAAAGAAAAAUUCAAGACUUUCAAUUCUCAAUUCGAAGAGCUUCACCAGAGACAAUGCCAAUGGUCCGUUUCGGACGUUGAGCUGCGUGAAUCUCUCAGGCUUGCUAUUGCAGAGGUUCUUUUACCUGCCUACGGAUCGUUUCUCAAACGUUUCGGGCCGAUGAUUGAGAGUGGUAAGAACUCACAGAAGUAUAUAAGGUUCACUCCUGAGGACCUUGAGCGAAUGCUUAACGAUUUCUUCCAAGGAAAAAACUUGGAUGUGAGCCCAAAAAGAUAA